CCCACCACGUGUCUGCGUGACCCCGCUAGGCGCAGUCGGCGGCAGCCAUGGCUCCGAGCGCGCAGGCGGGGGGCGGUCGCGGGCAGGCGCCGGGCACGGGGCUCCGCCGGGGGAUCCGCGCGGUGCUGCUGGGGCCGCCCGGCGCCGGAAAGGGCACCCAGGCUCCGAAGCUGGCUGAGACGUACUGCGUCUGCCACCUGGCUACGGGGGACAUGCUGCGGGCCAUGGUGGCCUCAGGCUCCGAGCUGGGCAAGCGGCUCAAAGAGACGAUGGAUUCAGGGAAGCUGGUGAGCGAUGAGAUGGUGGUGGAGCUGAUCGAGAACAACCUUGACACCCCUCCCUGCAAGAACGGCUUCCUGCUGGACGGCUUCCCACGCACGGUGAAGCAGGCUGAAAUGCUGGAUGAGCUCCUGGAGAAGAGGAGAGAAAAGCUGGACUCUGUCAUUGAGUUCAGCAUCCCUGACUCCUUGCUCAUACGGAGGAUCACUGGACGGCUGAUUCACCCAGCAAGUGGCCGCUCUUAUCACGAGGAGUUCAGACCCCCGAAAGAGCACAUGAAGGAUGAUGUCACUGGAGAGCCCCUGAUCCGCCGCUCAGAUGAUAAUGAAACAGCCUUGAAAACCCGCCUGAAGGCCUACCACACGCAGACCUCCCCCCUGGUCUCCUACUACAGCAAACGAGGGAUCCAUACCGCGGUGGAUGCCUCCCAGUCUCCUGAUGUGGUGUUUGCUAGCAUCCUGGCAGCCUUCUCGAGAGCAACAUGUAAAGACCUGGUUAUGUUCAUUUAGGGCUCUGUCCCUGGAUGGAGCUUGCCCUUGUCUGUCUCUCUCCGUCUCUGUCUCUCUCUCUCUGUCUCUCUCUGUCUCCUUGUGGCCAGGGAGAGUGAAGAGCUAAGUAGAGUAGAAGAGGAGGGGAUGAUGCAGCCUGAGGCAAGACUUUGCUAAUUCUCUAUUAAACAAGCUGUUAACGGUUUCCAUCUCAGUGUACUGACCGUCAGUCUGUCUGCAGAUGUGGGCGAUUCGGCCCCUAGAGGUCGCAGUGCACCUGAGCACCAGCCGCCAGAGCUGAGCUCUGCACCCCUUUGGGUCCAAGGGCUUUGGUUUUCUUUUAGAGCUCUAGCUCCCCAGGAGAAGCAGCUGUACUUCCAGCUGUUCCUGGCUGCUCCCCAGAGGAUGAGCAGCAGUGGGAGGCAGAGCUUGGCUGUGUGCACAGCCUGCUGCUGCCCAGGGCUGGGUGAGGACUUGUUUCCAUUGAAUGCGUUUUACCAAGAGCAUGGUUUUCUCUUUUUCUUUUAAAAAAAAAACAAAACAAAAAAACAACGUGAAGUCUCUGGUCAGACAGUCACUGCAGCAAUUUGAUUUCCUGAGGACAAGAAAAGGACUUGGAUGUCAGUUCUGUCCCUGCACCCUUCCCUUGGCUUUGGCCAAGGAGAUGAAGGUGUGUUGUGCUUCCCCGAUCUCAAAGUCUAAAUAAAGCCUUAUUGCAAAACAAAUGAGUUUUCAAGGCCUGGGGAACAGAGUUAUUAACCACUGGCCUUCCAUGCCCUUCAGCCAGUGACCUUUUUUUAUGAGAUCAUGGAAAUAUACUUGUUUCUUGAGCAAGUCAAACAGCUUGGCGUGGCCGUCCAUUUGUGGUGGACAUUUCAGUGCCGUUACGCCACCAUCUACAACCUUGCAAGGCUGAUGACAACCUUUGCCCAUGUGUGAUUUCAGCCCUGCCUAGGAGAUCUCACUGAAAAUGCAGAUUGGCCCAGAUAAAACUUUGUCCUUUGGCCUUAAGUGUAUGUUUACUGAUUCAGUGUUCCCGAGUCCUCUCCUCUUCCAAGGAGCUGGUGUGUCUCCCUCAUGCACUGAGCUGUGGUGGGCUGCGUGUCCAGAACAGGUGCUCAAUCCUCAAAUCUCUUGCAGUUUUUCUUGAUAAUUACUCUCUUGUCUGAAAAUGACUCUGUCCUCAUACAUCCUUUCCAGGAAGACAGCCCUCUUCCUUUCCAGCAAACUGGAAAUAAUGCUAGAAACUGAAAGCAGUUGACUUCUUGCUCUUGAAAGUGUGUGAGUGUGGGGAGAGGGGAUUUGAAAGUAACCAAGGGUGCUGGUUUUGUCAGCUGCCCGAGUUUCCCCAGGUGGCUGUUACCUCAUCACUUGUUGCAUUUUCCCAUGAAAGGGCAGCCCAGGUGUGUGGUGUCAGAGUGCAGGAAGCAGGGGGGUGAGCACUCGGUGCAGGACUGCUGUGCUCUGAGGCAGUAGAAGCAUCUUGAGAGAAUCAAAGAAAGAGCCACAGCCCUAUGUGCUUCAUAAUGCAGGGUUCCUGGCCAGUUGGCAUUCCUGAAUCUAGUCGAGGUUUUACUCCACAGCCAGAACAACGUGUUCUUCCACUCUCCAUUUCUUUUUCCCCUUGUGUUUGCUUUGCAUCCAGCUCAACAGCCUUUUAUGCCAUAAGCCAUUUUGUUUUUUUCCCUAAAUAUAUUUUUUCUUUGUUCCCAUUUA